GGGCCGGCAGCAUUCCAAACGGGAACCCGAGGUUUUCACUUCACUGUUGAUGGAAACAAGAGGGCAUCUGCUAAAAUUUCUGAUUCCAUUUCUGCUCAGUAUCCAGUAGUGGAUCAUGAAUUUGAUGCCGUGGUGGUGGGUGCUGGAGGGGCCGGCUUGCGAGCUGCGUUCGGCCUCUCUGAGGCAGGCUUUAACACAGCGUGCGUUACAAAGCUGUUUCCUACCAGGUCACACACCGUCGCAGCGCAGGGAGGAAUCAAUGCUGCCCUGGGAAACAUGGAGGAGGACAACUGGAGGUGGCAUUUCUACGACACCGUGAAGGGCUCUGACUGGCUGGGGGACCAGGAUGCCAUUCACUACAUGACAGAGCAGGCCCCUGCUGCUGUAGUUGAGCUGGAAAAUUAUGGCAUGCCUUUUAGCAGAACCGAAGAUGGGAAGAUUUAUCAACGUGCAUUUGGCGGACAGAGCCUCAAGUUUGGAAAAGGCGGGCAGGCACAUCGGUGCUGCUGUGUGGCUGAUCGGACCGGCCACUCACUUUUGCACACCUUGUAUGGAAGGUCUCUGCGAUAUGAUACCAGCUAUUUUGUAGAAUAUUUUGCCUUGGAUCUUCUGAUGGAAAACGGGGAGUGUCGUGGUGUUAUUGCCCUGUGUAUAGAAGAUGGGUCCAUACAUCGCAUAAGAGCAAAGAACACUGUUAUUGCUACUGGAGGCUAUGGGCGUACCUACUUCAGCUGCACGUCUGCCCACACCAGCACUGGCGACGGCACGGCCAUGGUCACCAGGGCAGGCCUUCCCUGCCAGGACCUAGAGUUUGUGCAGUUCCACCCUACAGGCAUAUAUGGUGCUGGUUGUCUCAUUACGGAAGGGUGUCGUGGAGAAGGAGGCAUUCUAAUUAACAGUCAGGGUGAGAGGUUUAUGGAGCGAUAUGCCCCUGUCGCGAAGGACCUGGCAUCCAGGGAUGUUGUUUCUCGGUCGAUGACUCUGGAGAUCCGCGAAGGAAGAGGCUGUGGCCCUGAAAAAGAUCACGUCUACCUGCAGUUGCACCACCUGCCCCCUGAGCAGCUAGCCAUGCGCCUACCUGGCAUUUCAGAGACAGCCAUGAUCUUCGCUGGCGUAGACGUCACCAAGGAGCCAAUCCCUGUCCUCCCCACCGUGCAUUAUAACAUGGGCGGCAUUCCCACUAACUACAAGGGGCAGGUUCUGAGGCAUGUGAACGGCCAGGAUCAAAUCGUGCCCGGCCUGUAUGCUUGCGGGGAGGCUGCUAGCGCCUCAGUGCAUGGUGCCAACCGUCUUGGGGCAAACUCACUCUUGGACCUGGUCGUCUUUGGCCGGGCAUGUGCCCUGAGCAUCGAAGAGUCUUGCAGGCCUGGAGAUAAAGUUCCUCCAAUUAAACCAAAUGCUGGGGAAGAAUCUGUCAUGAAUCUUGACAAAUUGAGAUUUGCUGAAGGAAGCAUAAGAACAUCGGAACUACGACUUAACAUGCAGAAGUCAAUGCAGAAUCAUGCGGCAGUGUUCCGUGUGGGAAGCGUGUUGCAGGAAGGCUGUGAGAAAAUCAGCCAGCUCUAUGGAGACCUGAAGCACUUGAAGACGUUUGACAGGGGAAUGGUCUGGAACACGGACCUGGUAGAGACCCUGGAGCUGCAAAACCUGAUGCUGUGUGCACUGCAGACCAUCUACGGAGCAGAGGCGCGGAAGGAGUCACGGGGUGCUCAUGCCAGGGAGGACUACAAGGUGCGGAUUGAUGAGUAUGACUACUCCAAGCCCAUUCAGGGGCAGCAGAAGAAGCCCUUUGGAGAGCACUGGAGGAAGCAUACCCUCUCCUAUGUGGAUGUCAACACUGGAAAAGUCACUCUGGAGUACAGACCCGUAAUCGACAAAACAUUGAACGAGGCCGACUGUGCCACCGUCCCCCCGGCCAUUCGCUCCUACUGAUGAGAUGAGAGAUAGUGACUACAGAAUCAGCUCUUGUAAUUAUGUAUAAUAGCUCAUGCAUGUGUUCAUGUCAUCACUUUCUUUGUAAGUUUCUGCACUCUAGGGAAUAAGGAGUCUGUUUGCAUAGAGAUCGGCCCGCGACUUGCCAGGAACCCAACACCUAAGGAGUGCUGCACUUCCUUUUGUCCCCUGCUUCGUUCUUGUGAAAUGAUAAAACUGCACAGUUCCCAAAUAAAAGAAAUUAACA